UUAUGAAUCUCCGGUCAUUCCAUAUUUCCGUCUGCGUCUUGGUUCUUCUUAUCUUAGGGUUUUCGGGUAAUGUCAUUGUAUCAGUCGACGUCUCUGUUUUUGGUGGAGGCAUUUUCUGUCUGCACAUUUUUCUUUCUGUGUCUUGUACGAUUUGUUAGAGUGGGGGUAAUCUAUAUUACAGUUUUGGCAUUUUUUUGGAGUUCUGGUUUCGUUUUACAGUUUAUACUGUCUUCUUCUGGUGGUGCAUUAUGCUUCUGUGAACGCGUUUGGUUAUACAGAAAGUUGAGGGAAGUAAGAAAUAUUAUGUUGUCUGGGAAGGAGGGAUAUUCGAUUUUGGACCCAACUAUUCUGGGCCUUUCUUACAGUUCUUUGUUCCAAUCCUUUGUGUACCUUCUUCCAUUAGGAGCCUCUUCUUUUUCCUCUCUUUGGAAGGUGAAGGUCCCAAGAAGGCCAAAUUCUUUGGGUGGCGGGUUUGCAUGGGAGAGUGAACACCUUAGAUCAUAUUAGGAGGGAAUCAUUCUUCAUGUUUUCAAUGGAGCUCUUUGUGUAAACGGGCGUUAGAGGAUCUUGAUCACAUCCUUCAAAGUUGCGAUUGUGCUAUGACUCUUUAAAAUUGUCUGUUGGGGUCACUUGGAGCCUGUUGGGUGCAGAAUAGAGAUUGUUGUUCUAUGAUGGAGGAGAUUCUUUUGAAUCCUCCCUUUUGAGAGAAGGACAAAGUCCUUUUGCAGACUUGUUUUUUGCUAUGUUCUGGAGUAGAACGAUAGAAUUUUUAGAGGGAUAGAGAGAUAUGAAGAAGGGUAUGGGAUGUUGUUAGAUCAAGUUCCUCUUUGUGGACAUCCGUUUCUAUGCUUUUUGUAAUUAUCAGCUAGGUAUUAUUCUUUGGACUAGAGUCCGUUUAUGCAUUAUUAGGGCUUGGACUCCUUUUAUAGGGCUAUUUUUUCUCUUGUAGAACAAAAGUUUGGUUUUUCAAGAAUAAAAAAUAAAAAAUAAAAAAUCAAGGCUAUUUUGGAAUAUGAAUGAUAUAAUUGGGUUUUUGAAUUUUAAGGUAUUCUUGGUGAUCGAAAAGAUAUGUAGGAAGUUAACAAGGCUCCCAAGCGUCAUUUGAAGAGAAUCGACCUUUCACUUGUUUAUCGAGGAAUUGUGUUUUCAUUUCACUAAUAUAAUUUGGCUGUAUCAUUAUGUCAGCUGUAGAUGUCUUCUAUAAUGUUGAAGCUUAUGGGGUUGGUGCGGCUUUGGAUUUACACUUUCGUAUAUUCGCCAUCGGAAAGCAUAAAAUUUUAGUUAAAUUGCACAUUUGUUUUUUCAUCCAACUUUAUGCUUGUUCAUUGAGCACUUGGCUAUGGUCUCGGCUAGCGAACAUCAAGGCAGGCAUUACAAAGAGCGGGUCUGUAUGGACAGGGAAAAUUGCACGACACCUGAUGCAGGUGAGGUAAUCGAGGAUUUGAAAUUUUCACAAAAUGAAACAUUCGAUUAUGACUUUAGAGGGUCCGAAGUAAAGAAGUGGCCUGGAUGGCCUGGGGAGAAUGUAUUCAGGAUGUUGGUUCCCAUACAAAAGGUUGGCAGUAUCAUAGGUCGCAAGGGAGAGUACAUUAAAAAAAUCAAUGAGGAGACUAGAGCUCGCAUCAAAAUUCUUAAUGGUCCUCCCGGGACAUUAGUUAGAGCAGUCAUAGUGUCGGCCAAAGAAGAUCUAGAAUUGCCAGUUUCUCCUGCAAUGGAUGCUUUACUGAGAGUUCACCAAAAGGUGGUUGACAUAGAUAACAAUUAUUCUCAAGCUACAUCAAAUGCAGGGGGCAAGGUUAUCACAAGGCUUCUUGUUGCACAUGCACAGGGAGCAAUCUUAAUUGGGAAGCAGGGUUCCACUGUAAAAUCCAUCCAAGAUGCUUCAAAUUGUUCCAUAAGAGUUCUUGGAGCAGAACACCUCCCGUCUUUUGCUCUGCAAGAUGACAGUAUUGUUGAGAUACAGGGGGAAUCUGCUGCCGUUCAUAAAGCAGUUGAAUUAAUUACUAGUCAUCUACGGAAGUUUCUAGUUGACCACAGUAUAGUUAGUGUUUUUGAAACGCAAAUGCAGAUGCUACAAUCUAAGCAGAACAUCUUCCCACAGACCAAGGACCUGUGUCCUGUCUGGCUUCCAACUUAUAAUGAUUUUAUACCUGGCUUUGAACCUCAUACUCAGUACGACCAGGGUCCAGAUCAGUAUUGGAAGUACAUAUCACCACCUGAUUUGUGCCUGGACAAGCAGUCUCAUCAGGGUCCUGUAUUUGGGAGGGACGCUGGAGUUCAUUUUACCAGUUUGCAACCACGACAAUCAUUAGUCACAAAGGUUGAACUCUGCAUGCAAAUUCCACUUUCAUACGCAGAUUCUGUUAUUGGGAUGUCCGGUGUAAAUAUAAGCUACAUACGUCGGACCAGUGGGGCAUCUGUUGCAAUCCAAGAAACAAAAGGUGUUCCUGGGGAGAUGACCAUUGAAAUAACUGGAACUCCUUUACAAGUACAAGCAGCUCAACAGUUGAUACAGAACUCCAUUGCUAAUGCUGCUAUCUACGUACCAGAACCAAUAACCAGAUUAAUCCACGAGGGUCAUAAUGUUUAUCCAGCUUAAGUCUCUGUUUAUGCAUUGCCUCCCAAGUCCUAAUGUUGCUGGUCGUGCUCUGCUCGCUAACCUGCUGGUGCUGGCUUCGUUUCGCUUCGCUUUUUGCCACCAAAUCCUCAGCGCAAAUGCAAGAUUAGUUCUUUUCUUGGAUCAUCAUAUUUUUUGUACAUCCCUUCUAAGAUGAAUGUGGGAAAAUCUUGGCUUGGGCUACAACAUUAAGCUCUUUACAGUUUCGUUUCCUGGCCCCUCUUACUGGGAUGAUAAUUUUGUCGUUCAAAAUAGUUAUGCAUCAAAGAUGAGAUUUAUGUGCA